AUUUAAAAUGCCAAGAAGAAGUGGAUCAUCAUCAAGAUCGAGACCUAGCCCAUCAAGAAGCACAGCAACAGCUGCAAGACCAGUUCCAUAGACUUAAGCUCCUCCUUAAACUCCAGUAAAAUCAGGAGGUAUGUUUUCUGGCCUUGGCUCAACUUUAAUGACAGGCAUGGCAUUUGGAGCAGGUUCAGAAGUAGCUCAUUAGGCAAUCAGAUCGGUAAUUGGUGGAUCAAGUAGAUUUAAAUAUCAUUUAAAUAGGUCAAUCUUAACCAGUUGAAUAAUAAACCCAGCAAUAGGUUCCUCAAUAACAAUAAUAAGUUUGUUAGAGUGAAAGCCAAAUGAUAACAAAUGUAAAUUUUAGAAAUAGUUUAUUUAGUGCUUACAAAUGAACUCAGAUAUCACAAGAUGUCAACCAUAUAUGGACAUUUUCAAAGAAUGCCAAAAGAAAUAUAACUUAUGA